AUGCCCCUCACAGUCACCAACGAAGCCCCAGCCGCUGUUGCAGCAUGGCUAAAGUCCACCGCGACACCCACCAAAUCAUCGUUUCUCGUGGUCUACGCCUCACUGACGAACGGAAGAUCAUGGUGUGGCGACUGUCGUGAAGCAGAAUCAUUCGUCAACUCAAAAUUCGCUAGUGGAGCCGAGGAGGUGAAAGUUGCAUACGCUGGACAGAGAGAUGAGUGGAGAAAUAGUGACAAUCCUUGGAGACAAGCACCAUUUUCUGUGACGAAUCUGCCUACACUGAUCAAGGUCACUGGUGACGGGGCCUUUGAGAAACUCGUCGAAGGAGAUGUCUAUAGUCAGAAGAAGCUCGAUUCUUUCGUCGGAGAUCCGACUAAGCCACUUUUAUAA